AUGUCACCUCGAGGGGUGCAGUUGCGAGUUCUGGAUAGUCAUGUGGUGAUGGAUAAUGGGAUACUCCAAGUGACAUUGUCGAAUCCUGAGGGAAUUGUAACUGGAGUUCGUUACGGCAACAUCGACAACUUGCUUGAAGUUAUUAAUGAUGAAUCUAAUAGAGGGUACUGGGACCUUGUUUGGAGUGCGCCAGGAAGUACAGGAACAACUGGAAUAUUCGAUGUGAUUAAAGGAACAAGUUUUAACGUUAUAGUGGAAAAUGAUGAGCAAGUAGAAAUAUCAUUCACAAGAACGUGGGAUUCCUCUCAGGAGGGCAAGCUCGUUCCUUUAAACAUAGACAAAAGGUUCGUACUGCUUCGUGGUUGCUCAGGCUUCUACUCAUAUGCCAUUUAUGAGCACUUAGCGGAAUGGCCUGCUUUCAACCUUGCCGAAACNGACGAUGCAGUCGGAGGGGCGUCGAUUUCAGCAGUUGUUACAUCCACCUUCCUCUUGUCUUCUUCCUCCCCUAUUGUCACGCUCAACCUCACACCUGUGCCACUCUUACUUAUAAAAAAUCAAACAUUUUAUCAUUGGCUUUGA